AUGAUAUAUUUGAGGUCGAUGUUAUUAUACAUUUUUCUUUAUGUUUAUUGUUACCACAGUGUGGUCUCUCUCGCCUUGGUAUCGGCAAAUUUAAAGAAACAAAAUGAAACCGGUAUACUGACCACGUUGACGUUGAUGUCUAUACAAGAUAGUACAGGAAACAAUUCAGGGACCGAAAUGCUUCGUUCACUAACUCGGGUUAAAAAGGCAUCUGAUGGUGAAGGAAAAUUCACGGAAGCUGCGAAAAUGGACCAGUUGAAACUCCUCCGGCUGAUGCUGCAGAAUUUCAAAAACACAUGGAGCGACUCGUACAUCGGCGGUUCUCAUCCAAUGCACCCGAACGUACCAAAGGCCUUCUCAAGCUUGUUCCUAGAAAAAAUUAUAAAAUUCUUCUUUCCACCUGUCGGAGAAGAUGCUAUCAAACAAUAG